AUGGGUAAGGACCAGGACCUGCUUCAUGCGGUGAAGACCGAGGAUCUUCUGACGGCGCAGCGGCUUCUCCAGCGACCCAGGCCCGGGAAAACCAAGUUGCUGGGAACAGCCAAGAGGGUCAAUGUUAACUUCCAGGACACAGACGGGUUGUCUCCUCUGCACCAUGCUGCUCUGAGCGGCAACAAGGAGCUGAUCUCUCUGCUGUUGGAGGCUCAGGCCACAGUGGACAUUAAGGACCAGAACGGUAUGCGUCCACUGCACUACGCGGCGUGGCAGGGGAAGACUGAGCCAAUGAAAAUGCUCCUGAAGGCGGGAUCAUCGGUCAACAUUCAAUCAGACGAGGGCCAGAUCCCACUGCACCUAUCAGCACAGCACGGACAUUACGACGGGUCAGAGAUGUUGCUGCAGCACCAGUCUAAUCCGUGUAUCUCCGACACGGCCGGUAAGACUCCUCUGGACCUGGCCUGUGAAUUUGGACGAGUGGGGGUGGUCCAGCUGCUCCUCAGUAGUAAUGUCUGUGCAGCGAUGAUCGAGCCGAAGCCGUCGAACCCCAACGGCGUCUCUCCUCUUCACCUGGCCGCCAAGAACGGACACAUCGAUGUCAUACGUCUGCUGAUCCAAGCAGGUAUAGACAUCAACAGACAGUCAGAGUCGGGGACGGCGCUGCAUCAGGCAGCUCUCUGUGGAAAGACUGAGGUGGUGAGACUGCUGUUGGAUAGUGGCAUCAGUGCUGGGGUGAGGAACACUCUGUGUCAGACGGCUCUGGACAUCGUUAACCAGUUCACCGCCACACAGGCCAGCAGAGAGAUCAAACAGCUGCUGAGAGAUGCGUCAGCUGCGAUGCAGGUCAGAGCUCUGACAGAGUACUGCAACAACUACGACCUGACGAGCCUCAACAUCAAGACUGGAGACAUCAUCACGGUUCUGGAGCAGCAUUCUGACGGCCGGUGGAAGGGUUGUAUCCAUGACAACCGGACAGGAAAUGACCGCGUCGGCUACUUCCCCUCCAGCAUGGUGGAGGUGAUCAGCAAGAGGCCAGGCCCCUCCCUCUCCCAGCAGAGCCACACCCUCCUUCUACGUAGGCACGUCCCCUGUCCCUCCCCCUGCCUCGUUACCACGGUGAACGGCCACCGCUCCCACAUGCUACCACUGCCUCUUCCUCCUCAUCCUCCUCUCACGCAAACCACACCUCUCUUCUCCUCCUUUGGUUAUCCUCCACUCCUCCUCUCUCCUCCUCACCUCUCCACUCUCCCCCUGGGCCUCUCCACUCCACCUCCUCCUCUCUCCUCUCCUCCUCUCUCGACAAGUCUGGAGCAGCCAAGCCUGCCAGGUUCUCGGGGCUCUGAGUCCAGUCCCCACGGCUCUCCCACACUUGGCCAGCAGGGCGGCUCCAGCGAGGAUGUCUGGGUUCUCCGGAAGCCCCUCGCAGGUGGUGACCGUAGCAGCAGUGUGGGUAGUCUGGGUAGCGUUCGUUCCCUCGGCAGCGUCCAGAGUUCUGGAAAUACACAACACGCCCUGAAUACGCCUCCUCCGCCUGCCACAGCACACGCUACUAACACGCCAGCUAGCAGCCUGAACACACACGGCCUCAACGCUCCCGGGCUCCACGCGCAGUCGGAGGGAGUCAAGGUUUGUGUGUGCGUGUGUGUGUGUGUGUUUCAGAUGUGUCUCCUAGCCACAGUGAUGUCCCAGUCAAUAAAGGCAAAGGAGCAUCUGUUGGAGCAGUCCAAGUCUGUGGAGCAGGCAGCAGCUGCUGCUAAGAGUCCAUCUGGUUGUCCUCCUCAAGACCAGCGCUCCUUUGAUCGCAAGGCAGAGGCAGAUGUGAAGAGUGAGGCGGUAGUGACCUGGUUGACUGAGUGUCAGCUGCAGUUCUACACCACUCACCUCCUCACCGCUGGCUAUGACCUAGACACCAUAGGCCACAUGACCCCCGAGGACCUGACAGCAAUCGGUGUAACUAAACCAGGCCAUCGUAAGAAGAUGACAUCAGAGAUCAGCAAACUGCCGUCUGGUGACUGGCUCCCUGACCACAAACCAGCCAGCCUGGCAGAGUGGUUGUCAGCGAUAGGGCUGAACCAGUACUACCAGGUUCUGGUGCAAAAUGGAUAUGACAACAUCGACUUCAUCACUGAGAUCAGCUGGGAGGACCUGAAGGAGAUUGGCAUCACCAAGCUGGGCCACCAAAAGAAGAUGAUGUUAGCAGUGAGGAGACUGGGGAAGUUCCAGAGAGGAGAGAGUAUCUCUCAGCCUUCUACCCCUCCUUCUGGCUCCACCCCUCCUUCUGGCUCCACCCCUCCAUCCUCCUCCACUCCUCCCCCCUCUACCCCACUUCCAUCCACAGGGAGGGGUCAGAGGCCCCCCCUCACUAAACCCCGGCCAGGGAUUGAGUCCCCAACACACACACCCUCCCCACCUCACACUCCCACCAAGACCCACAAGGCUCGAGCCCACCCCUCCACCCAGCCCCCGACAGCUGAUUCGCCAGUCCAAGAAGGGGGUGUGUCUGUUCCUUUACUCUGUCUGCCAAUGGAGGAGGAGCAUCGGCGAACUCACAGCCUGAUUGGCUACUCGGGGUACGAAACCGAUGCCCUCUCGGUUACAGACUUCGCCCCUAGAUACGCCACGGUCUGCCGCAGCAGCUCGGCUCAACGCUCCGACCCCAAUGACGCAACUGUCAACCGUAGCCAAUCAUCAGUCACGCUGCGGCCCAGGAGGAAAGGCCGGCCCCCGACUCCGCCCAAACGGUCAUGUUCCUCCAUCUCCGGGGGCGACGGGCUGGGGGAGGGGCUGGGGGUAGUAGGGAUCAGGGAGAGGAGAGCCAGCGACUGUGGAGGGCUGGCGGAGAGGAGGGGGGGAGGGGGUCUGGUGAGGUCAGAGGGGGCGGGGAGCGUCCGCAUCGCCGCCAUGUUGGAGACAUCGAUGGGAGGAGUUGGUCCUGGAGGGGGAGGGGCCAAGACCCUGCCCAGAACCAUGGGAGGCAGAGGCAGCUACCUCAACCCUACACAGGUCUUCCGGCGGCGUCACCGUCGUCAGGCCGGGUCAGGUGGUCUCGGGUCUGAUGAUGAUAUCAUGAAUCGCCGUCGGACCAUCAGCGGUCCGCUCACCGACCAGACAGACUCCGCCCAGAUCCAGUCCCCGCGGCAACACACUGAGCUACGCCCAGAACCCCGCCCACGCUCCACGGUCGUCACACCGACAGGAGAAGGGCUUAUUACGGAUGGAACAGCAACCAUCAACCGAAGGAGAAAGCCCCACCCCCCCAACUAUUCUGACGCAGAGAAGUUCCAUCUGAUGGAGACAGACACCAUUCGGCGACGCCCACGCAGCCGCGAGCACAGCAAUGACCAAUCAGACAACAGCACAACCAGCAGCAGCCAACCAGAGAUUAGCACAACCAGCGUCGACCAACCAGCGAGCGCCACACCUGGCAGCGGCCAAACAGACAGCAGCAGGAAGAACAUUGACCAACCAGAGAGCAGCAGGAAGAGUGUUGACCAACCAGAGAGCAGCAUUGACCAAUUUCAUCGCAGCCAGUUGGCCCCCCAGCAGGUGAACGGAGGGGUCGACCAAUCACACCGCAUCAUCCUGCGGAUGCGGCCCGGGUCGGAGGCUGAGGGGGAGGUGGCCUCUCGCAGGGAGAGCUGUGAUAGGCCAGAAGUCAGGAAGCCGCUGAAGCCGCCGGUGUCGCCCAAACCCUCCAUGGCGGCCGUGAGGAGACAGCAGCAGGACCCCCCCACCCCGACCAGACGCGUCCCCUUACCUGGGCCUGAAGCUGACAGUCCUGCAGAUCCGAGGUGGAUGCCUCCCCCAGUCUCCUUCAAACCCUGCCCUCCUCCCACCGGUCCUAAACCCACCAAACCCUCACUCUCCUCCCCCACCCCUCUCCCUAGACCUCUCCCUAUCCCAGACACCCUCACCCCUCCCUCCCUGUCCCCUGUCCCCCCCUACACCUCCUCCUCCUCUCCCGCCACCAGCCCCUCCACUCCCCAGACCCCCUCCACCCCCGGUUCCACCCCCCACCCCGUCAAGCCUCCCCGCUCCUCCAUUUCUGGCCUCUCUGUCGACCUGCUGGUGGGGAGGGAGGGGGAGGAAAGGGAGGAGAGAGGGAGGGAGGAAGAAAGACUAAAAGAGGACCGGAGAGAAGUUGAGAAGGUGGAGGAGGAGAAGAGAGUUGAGAGGAGGAGAGAGAAGGAGGAGGAGCAGACCAAGGAGGAGGCUCCAGCCCAAGUUGGGGAGGAGGAGGAAGAAGAGGAGGUGCAUCAUCUGAGGUUGGAGGAGACCAGCGCCUCCCUAGCUGCAGCUCUGGAAGCUGUGGAGCAGAAGAUUAACCAGGAUCACACACACAACCAUUCUCUACUGGAGGAGAAGACGACAGUGAACAUUCUAGAUGACAUCGGCAGCAUGUUUGACGACCUGGCGGACCAGUUGGACGCCAUGUUGGACUAGAGCUCCCAGCGUCGCUAUGACAACCAGCCAAGAGCUGACUGCUUAUGCCAGCUAUCCCAGGGUGCUUUGGGGCUCAUGUAUAGAAUAGCUAUGAUAGAAGUGUUCCUGUGUGUUCAUAUUCCCUACGUAGUGCACUACUAUAGAGCUCGG